AUGUAUUCUACAGCACCUAAAUAUCUAUUAGAUGAUGGAACUGAACAAAAUAAACAAAGGACACCUAUUGCUGGCCUUGGUUAUGGUUUACCAAUAGCACGUCUUUAUGCAAAAUAUUUUCAAGGAAAUCUUAAAUUAGCAUCAAUUGAAAAUCAUGGUACAUCAGCUUACGUAUCUCUUCCGGCAGCAGCAGAAAAUGCCAGUGAGCUUUUACCGAUAUUUAAUAAAUCUCGAUAUUCAUAUACAACAAAAAAAGGUUCUGAUUGGACUUGA